CAUACCGACGCCCACCACGAACACCCGGCGCUGCAUGAUGGCGGCGGCACACGCACACCCCCCUCCUCCGCCGAGACCCCUCGCACGGACAGCGGCGAGCGACAGCUGAGGGAAGGGGCGGGAGGUGAAGAACCACCCCCUCUUACACCUCCUUCUUAAAGGCGCAGCGGCCCGCUGUCCCGCCCCGAGGCCCGGCCCCUCGCUGCCCGCAGCCGGACGCGGGGAGCGGCGCCAUGAUGCGGCUGGGGCGGGCGGGCCGGGAGCUGCUGCGCUGGGGCCGCGGCCGGUCCCCUGGGGCCGCCCCGCGGCGGGGCGCGGAGGUGCUGGUGGGGGCGGCCGGCGGGGAGAGCAGCGGUAUUGCUGAAAUCCUAAUGAACCGACCCCACGCGAGAAAUUCAUUGGGAAAAGUAUUUGUAAAUGAACUGUUCAGUGCUCUGGAACAACUCCGCCUUGAUGAGAAGGUUCGCGUGGUAGUGUUCAAGAGUGAGGUGAAAGGUGUAUUUUGUGCUGGUGCAGACUUAAAGGAACGUGCAAAGAUGGAUGAUGCGGAAGUUGGGCACUUUGUUAAAAGGCUGAGAAAUCUCAUGGAUGAAAUAGCUGCCCUGCCUGUACCCACAAUUGCCGCAAUAGAUGGCUACGCACUGGGUGGUGGACUAGAAAUGGCGUUAGCGUGUGACCUUCGAGUAGCAGCUUCAUCGGCUAAAAUGGGCCUUAUUGAGACCACAAGAGGGCUUCUUCCUGGAGCAGGUGGAACCCAGCGCCUGCCUCGCUGUGUUGGAAUAGGUCUUGCAAAGGAACUCAUUUUCACUGGUAGACAAAUUGAUGGGCAAGAAGCCGCCUCAAUGGGAUUAGUAAAUCACGCAGUGCCACAAAACAGCGAGGGAGAUGCAGCUUACCAGAGAGCACUAACUUUAGCUAAAGAAAUCCUUCCUCAGGCUCCAUUUGCUGUGAAAAUGGGGAAACUGGCAAUAAACAGAGGAAUAGAGGUUGACAUUGCAUCAGGGAUGGCUAUCGAGGGGAUGUGUUAUGCCCAGAAUAUUCCCACAAGAGACCGUCAGGAAGGGAUGGCUGCCUUCAGGGAGAAACGACCACCUCAGUUUAUUGGCAAAUAAUGCUUCUUACCCUCCCCUUCAUUUUUGAAUGUAGAGGAGGACUGAAGAGGACCUACUUUUUUUUUUUUAAUUAAUAUUUUUAUGACUGCAUUGUGUGUACUUAGCUCCUUGCCUUGGACUGGAUCUGUACUCCACUGGAUCAUUUUGCUGUAAGAAUUCCCAAAUAAAGAUUUAACUUUGUACAGCU